AUGGCUCCUAGCAAGAAAGACAACAAGCGCAAGGCUGCCGCUGCCGCUGCCGCCGCCGACUCUCCCGCGAAGAAGACCAAGAAGGCGGAUGCGAAGCCCGCCGAAGCUCCUAAGGAGGCCUCGAAAUCGAUUCUGAAGAAGAGCAAGGGUGAUGGUGCUUCUUCCGAGAAGAAGUCCGCCUCGAAUGUGAAGUUCAACGGCGAGCCCGCGAGACAGAUCAAGCCUCGCAAGCGUGCCGCUGAUUUCCUGAGCGACGACGAGGACAGCGAGCCCGAGGUGGAUGCGAAGCCCGCCAAGGCCCAGGCUGAGAAGAAGGCCAGCAACAAGAAGACUAAGAAGGAAGACGGCACUGCCGCUCCGGCCGCGAAAUCGAAGACCGCCAACGCCAAGGCUGUCCCCAAAUCGAAAAAGCCCGAGGUUGUCGCCGACGAGUCUGACGAUGACGAUUCCGUUACCUCGGAGUCUGGUGAGGGUGAGGAGGAAGAGGACGACCGCACCGUCGCUCUUAUCAAGGGAUUCGAGAGCAGCGGCGAUGAGGACGAGUCGGGAGAUGAGGGCUAUGACCCCAGCAAGCCUGUUCCCAAGAUUCCUGAUUCGAAGAAAGCCAAGCGCAAGAUCUUGAAGAAACAGAAGGACGAGAAGUCUGGCAAUGGAGAAGAGCCGGGUGUCGUAUAUGUCGGGUAUGUUCUCCCCCUCAUCGUGUGCGCUUACGUUUAUUUUUGCCUACUGGUUCUAACAUUUGAUGCUAUAGCCGUAUUCCCCACGGUUUCUACGAACACCAGAUGCGCGCAUACUUUUCACAAUUCGGCGAGAUUCUUCGUCUUCGUCUUUCGCGGAACCGUAUCACCGGUCGUUCCAAGCAUUACGCUUUCGUGGAAUUCGAGUCGGUCUCCGUUGCCAAGAUCGUUGCCGCGACUAUGGACAACUACCUGA